AUGCUUCACCCAAGUACACACUUGGUAACUGUCCCAGUAACAGUUUGGAAAUUAAAUCUGUGGAGGAUUGCUUAUGAGACAAUCCGGGGAGACUUCCUGAUAAAAAUGCAGAACGGCAGCCUGCAGGCGGAGCGAUACGUCAACUUCACCUUACAGGACAUCAACUACGUACUGAACAUGAUGGAAAUGCUGAAGGAAAUGAGUGUAAAAGUAACUCAACCCGAUGACCUCAGGGACUUCAUGAAAGGCAGAUGCUCAAGCUACAAACGUUUUGCAGACAUACGGCUUAAUCAAUAUUUUUUUAAGAGUGCUCCUCCCAUCCAGCCAACUCCAGCUAUGAGGAAGUAUCUGUCGUUCUACAGAAGCCUCCUGGAAAAAGAAGAUCCGCUGUACUUUGCUGUGGGUCUCCUGCCCUGCUCCAGACUCUGGGUGUGGCUGGGUGAUAAUCUCAGAACACCCCCAACCAAUGCCUAUUACACUUGGAAGGUGGAGAAUAUGGGCGGCCAUCCUGAGAAAUACAGAGCUCUGCUGAACAAGUAUCUGAACACACCUGAAAAAGUGUCCAAGGCUAAUACUAUAUUCCGUACACAGAUGCAGAAUGAGCAUGAUUUCUUUUUCUCAUCUUGAGUGGUUAAUUGCAAACGCUGUCUGAGCAAUUCAACUUUUCAUGAAAAAAGUACUUACAUAUUUUCUCCAAAUAUUGACUGAUGCAUUCGAUAGCUUCUUUUAAGAUUAUGCCUAUAAUAAUAUCAAAAUAAUUUCUUAAUAUUCUACCAAGUUUUAAGCUUUUAAUCAUUAAAAACUAUAUGUUUGCAACCACAUUUUUUGGAGUUUACAAACAAUAAUAAAAGCAAUAGAAAAAAAAAACAAUACAAUUCGUCGAUA